AUUUAUCCGUUUAAAUGUUCAAUUCAUCAUUGGGGUGUUAUAUCAACAGAAAGUAGAGAAAUUACAUUGGGAAUUAUUGAGGAUAGGAUAAUAAAAAAUAUCUUCUUUUUCAUUAUAAGAGAAACGCCUGUCUCACAAACAGUGGCAAAUGAUAACUCGCAUCUGGAAUUCAAUUUAGCUCAUGAGGCCCAUUUAUGUGCUCUACUUGUUAUAGUUGAUGAUAAGUGAUGAUAACUUUAUAUGAGCACUAACUCUUGGGAAUAAAACAAUCCCGUGCCACUCAAGUCCUAUCUUUGAAGAAUUGGAUUAAAAAGAUCCGACUGUCACUUGUUUUUCUCGGCAAUGUUUAUCACGGCGUCUAUUGUCAGGUGUUUGUUUACGUGGUGUGACAGGAAGGAAGGGCGGUUCCACUAUAGGUCUAGUCAUGCCCUUUUUAUUACGUUGACAGUGCAUGGAUUACUCACUUAAGAUAUGUUUUACCAAGAUCUUGAGCCGGAAGAGCGGGAUCAUGCACUGGGAGAGGAGAUACGGCCUGAGACGAGGGCGAGAGCCUACUCCUCGGGACCCUCGAGAAAUAAGGGAAGUGCAGCUGUCGAGAGUAAGAGGCCCAAGAGCUGGUCGAGAGGGAGUGACAGCCUUACAGACAUUGAGGAAAAGGACGAAAGUAAAGAGAAAAAUCCGAGGAAGGGAUAUAAUUUAUCAGGAUAUCUGUACAAGCAUCCUAGUUCAAGCAAGAGGCAUGUCCCAGGACUGAGGAGCCUGACAGGCUCUUCCAUCAAGAAGCGUUGGUUUGUUUAUUCGGAUCGUGUGUGUAAAUUGUACUAUUAUAAGCAGAAGAAUGAUUCUGAACCCAUCGGCACAAUUGAUAUUGCUCUGGCAACUUUCUUCUUUGAUCCAGAGUCGAAAAAUGAAGGGCUCUUCACAAUCAGAUGUGCCAAUGAUGAAUGGGUAUUAGAAGCCUCUUCAGCUCAGGGAAGAAUGUAUUGGAUCCAGCAGUUGCAAGCUGCGAGAAGAGAAUUUAGCCAAAGACGCACAACAGCUGCUACUUGCCGUUCGCCUAAUGCUAGUCAACCAGAAAUGGGCUUGCUCCACGACAACCAGCUGAAGAGCCCCGAUCCCCCUCCAGACCCUCACUCAGACCUAAUGAAGCCCGUGUCCAAACCAAGCGACACGGAGAAGGACAGUCUGCCCCCCAAGCACCCGUCAGCCCUCUUGGAUGCACGGCUUGCUCUCUCCAAUCUCCUGCCAAAUACUCAGAAAAAGAUAUUUAGGACAAACAGUGAAUCCCCCAAGUCCCCAACAAGUCCCCUGGCAGUGCGUCACAGUCCAGUAAGUUCGCCCUCGGAAGACCUGAGCUUUGGUAAUUUAGGAAAGAGGCUGCGAAGUUCAAUAAAGGCUCGGCGCUCGACAUCUUUCGAGGGAAAAGAUGGGAAUGAUAUUGCUAAUCUUCAUAAUGCCAGAGUUGUAUGUAGGAAAUGUGAAGAGCUUCAGGGAAAAUUGAAUUCAGCAAAAGAAGACUUAGUUGCAACACAAGAUGAGUACCAAGCAUCACGUGAAGUUAUUGAUCUCCUUCAGAAAGAACUUGAUGCAAUACAACAGGAGAAAGCAACUCUCAUUACUUUAGACAGAAGUGACUUGACAGACACCCAUGUCUUAGAGAUUCUCCGUGGCAAGGACCACCACAUCGUCAACCUGGAACACAACAACCAAAAGCUCACCAAUGAUAUCGCCAGGCUCAAUGAACAGCUCUCUGAUGCUCAAUCUCACAAUGAGCAUCUCAGUGAAAAGUUGUCUAUGUUGUACUGUCUCAUAGAGGCAAAGGACAAAGCCAUAGUGAACCUGACUCAUCAAGUGGAUGAAAAUACCUCAAAUGUCCGUCCAGUGUCACUCCCUCCAAGUUUAACUUUUACCAACCAUGAGACAACCACAAGGGGCACACAGACAUCUUCACAGCAAGAAGAUGCACUCAAAGAUGCACUUGAAGCCUAUCGAUGCCAGAACACUUUCUUAAACAAGGAGAUUCUCGAGCUCAACCUUCUGAGGAAACACUGUUCAGAGAGAGAGCAGAAGCUUAUCACUGAAUCUAGUGAAUGGGAAGCCAAAUUCUACCAGAUCCAGAGCAAGUACCUUCUGCUGCUAAAUGAACUUCACUCACCCCAAACCAGCCAGCAUGACCCAUCCAUUGUUUCGCAGCUGCUGCAAGAUGUAGUCGAAGCACAUGGUUCCCCUGACCUUAGAGUGAUACACAACAAAGGGCGGGAGUAUGAUGAGUAUGGAUUCUGCAUCACAGCCCCGGGUGAGGGAAGCUUGCAGUCAAGAGCGAACUAUCUCCAAAAGCAAUCUCAGGCCUUAGCCAACCAAGUUCAGCAAAAUGGGAGCUCUUGGGAAGAGAAAUGGGAAAGUUUCUUGGCAGGGACGAGUGCAAAGGAGCUGCCAUCGUGCACAGAUCUCAAGUACCUUAUAAGGGGAGGUAUUCCCUAUCAGUAUAAGGGGAAGGUAUGGCGCCUGCUGAUUGAGUGCCAUGUCUCACGUCUAAAAGCUGCUGUCCCAUCCAACUAUUACCAAGAUCUGCUCGCAAGAAGAACGGUGACAGCAACGCUGGAUCCAGCAGCCAAGCAGAUUGAAUUGGACUUGCUUCGCACAUUGCCAAAUAACCGUCACUAUGAGACUUACCACUCCGACGGUAUAGCCAGACUGAGGCGAGUCUUAUUAGCUUUCUCAAGACAUAAUCCUCAAGUUGGUUAUUGCCAGGGUCUCAAUCGUCUUGCUGCCAUAGCUUUAUUGUUCCUGAAUGAAGAAGAUGCCUUUUGGUGCCUGAUCUACAUUGUUGAUUUUCUUAUGCCACCUGACUAUUACAACAGGAAUCUUUUGGGUUCCUUAGUUGAUCAGAGAGUUUUAAAGGACCUCGUUGCAGAGAAGUUGCCUCGUCUUCAUGCCCACUUGGAGCAGCAUGGAUUAGACAUCUCGCUCUUCACCUUUAAUUGGUUCUUGUGUGUUUACAUUGACACCAUUCCUCCCAUAACCUACCUCACAAUAUGGGACUCUUUCCUCUACGAAGGUUCAAAGGUUCUGUUCCGUUAUGCAUUAGCCAUAUUCAAGCUAUGUGAAGAUGGAGUUAUGGAGAGAUGCGACUACAUGGAGAUAUUUUCCUACCUGCGUUCUGUCCCAGAGCCCAUCACAGACAUCCCCAGACUACAGGAGGCGGCCUUCCACUGGGUGAAUCCUCUCUCCAUGAGGUACCUCCGCAACAGACGCGCACAUCAUACCAACAUUGUAAAGGCCGAGUUUUGCAAGGAAGAGGUAGUGUGGAGGAGCUAUUACAGUGCCAAGGGAAAGAUUAACCGCCAGGCCAGGGUCCUUGAGGCGCCUACCCCAUCGCUGUCCCUGGAGGCCGAGCUGGAGGAGGUUGAGGUGGUCAGGAGGAGCUACCACAAUGCCAAGGCGAAGAAUAACCGCAAAGCCCAGAUCCUGGAGGCGCCCUGCACCGCCACCAGCCCGUCGCCGAUGUCCUCCGAGGACGAGCAGUCGGGCGAGGACAACGCAGAGGAACCCGAAGGCAAGCAGGGGGAAGGGACGUCGCAGACGGAAGAAAAUCUCGACGCCGGUUUGGUCGGAGAUCUCCCUGAGGAUAAGGACGUCUCGGAGGCGUGUGAGCGAGUCGAGAAAUUGGACUUGGAGGAGGGCGAGCCGGAGACUGUAACGGAAAGGCUGUAAAGUGGAGAUUCGUAGACAUCUGUGCAGUAUUACGAGAGAUUAAUUGGUAACCAUUUUCUUCCAUGGUGUAAUGAGAUUAUAAUGUAGACCGGUGUGCUUUAAUCAAGUUGGAUGUCCCUCUGGAACAAUGACAGUUUCCUGCAUUUAUUUUCAACUUAGGAUUUCAGUAACUUACCAGGUCAUGUGGUAUAGGUCAUCAAUUUUAGAGAUAUCACAGGAGUACUUUGUAAAUGACCAUUAUAAAAUUAUGUAGACGUGUGAGCCAUCCCACAAUAACAAAAUCUGAACAUUCUAAGAUACUAGUCCUAACAUAAUUAAAAAGCUGAUUUGCAUUCCUCAGUGGUGCUGCUUGUGCCUCCAGUACGUUAGUAGGUAUUUAUUAUUUAAGUGGGUGCCGUGGGACAAAACGUCGUAGUGUAUGUAUGAGUAUCUCUCUGUAUGAGAGAGAGAGAGAGAGAGAGAGAGAGAGAGAGAGAGAGAGAGAGAGAGAGAGAGAGAGAGAGAGAGAGAGAG